AUGGACCGAUACAUCCUUCUCUCGGUGCUUUUCACCGCCGCCGCAGCACGUUUCAAUCAGGAGCAGAUACCCAUUCAGGCCAUCGCGGACGUGCAAGGCGGAGCUCCAGGUGCUGCUGCCACAAUUGCAGGAGAGACGAUCAGCACAUUGCUCGGAGCUGCUGACCCGUGUGACAAACUUGCUCAAGCCGAUAAGAUUGUCUCCGAGCUCGGUGGAGGCGCAGAUGCUGUCGCGGCUGCCAUUGGUUUGGUUGCCGCGGAGCAGAACUUCAAUAACUUCAACGCCGACUUUCCCAACAUCUGUGCUGAUGCGACGCUUCCUGCCACGCAGGAGCUGAGGGGCAUCACCCCUCUGGUCGAUCCCGCCUUAGAUGGUGCCGAGAUCGCCAAUGCUCUGUCGGCGCAGACAAAAGCAGCACCAAUAAAUGCAGUCGGCAAGAGUAUUGCUGAUCUACUGGUCGAGGCCGGAUUCACAUCAUUCAACGGAGCCGACGCUGCAGGUGGUGCAACCGGUGGCGCUGCGGCUGGCGGUGCUGCGGUCGGUGAUGCCGCUGCUAACGCGACGAACGACAACGUUGCAGCGGACAACAACUGUGACGAUGAAGAAAAUUCUCGCUGA